UCAGCUGCUUACAAGAGGCUCAGGCCUCCUGGUCAGUUCGUAGUCCUUCGCAUGACGUAAACAAAGCGAUUUUUCACGACCUUUCCCUGGCUUCAAGCGAGAUUUGCCGCAGUUUGAGAAAUGUUCAAGUACUUGAAGUUUUAACAUAUUGACCCCAAACACGUGCUAACUCUAAUCCGCAAACUUUGCGAAGCACUCACUGGCCACUCACACACUAUUAAUUGAGACUCUGUGGACUAAUAUGUGGAGUGCAUCAAACUUUUUACAAACUGUUGAAUGCUUUUAAAGUUUUAAUCCCCGGAAGCCGCCUAUGUUGAGGGUCCAACAAUUGACACACUAAAGAUCGAGGACAGUGGACCAGUGGAAGGAAUCCUUCCAGUAUCCUGCUUCAGUUCCAGAAACUAGGUCCGGGAAUGAUUCAGCCCUGAAAACGGCGCAAAUAUGAGUUUCCACCGCCUGAGGUCAUCAGCGAUGCGGAGCAUAAACUUGGAUAAAAUGCUGCUGUUUUUUCCCCUCCUGCUACUCAUAACACCAAUCAAUGGCAUGAGCGGCGUCGGUUGUCCCAUGGGAUGCGUCUGCAACGACGAAACAUACGUGGUUCUGUGCGAAAGAAACAAACUAGACGUGCUACCAAUCACCCUGAAUCCAGCCAUUCAAAGACUUGUGUUAAGGAACAAUAAAAUUAAAACAGUGGAUGCCGCGUUCCAGUUUUACAAAGACUUGCAAUACGUCGAUUUAUCAAACAAUCACUUGGUGAACAUUCCGACCAAGAGCUUUAUUUAUCAAGAGAAGCUGCAGGAACUUCACUUGAACAAAAACAAAUUGUCGUCGAUUAAUAACAAGACGUUUCAAGGCCUGAAAUCGUUGACGGUUUUGAACUUGCGGGAAAACUUCCUGGAGGAGUUACCACAAGGUUUGUUCUCAAUUAUGCCCAAACUGGAGGAACUCAAUCUUGGCCAGAACCGCAUCUCGAAGAUUGAUCCUCUGGCCUUUGACGGGCUGACGGCACUAAGAGUACUCUACCUGGACGAUAAUGCCUUAAGCUCGGUACCCACUUCGUCGUUUAGUGUCCUGGGGAGUUUAGCUGAGCUACAUGUGGGGCUAAAUGCCUUUUCGUCGCUCCCUGAUGAUGCGUUCAAGGGACUUGGCAAAUUGUCAGUGCUUGAUUUGAGCAGUGCUGGGCUUUCGAAUAUGAGCAACAAUGCCUUCCGUGGCUUAACUGGACUGAGGAGUUUAAAUUUGGUUGAUAAUAAACUCCAACGUAUUCCGACUGCUCAGUUGAGUCAUUUGUCGAGGUUAGAAGAGUUAAGUAUUGGUCAGAAUGAGUUUACUACGGUGGAAAAGAACUCGUUUAAGGGUUUGAGCAACUUGCGGAAGUUGGAUAUAACUGGUGCUCCGAAUUUGCAAAAAGUUGAGAAAGGUGCUUUUAGUGAUAACCUGAACUUAGAAUUUAUCGUGUUAGCCAGUAAUAAGAAGCUAGAAGAGUUGGAAGAAGGUGCACUUGUUGGUUUACCCAACUUGAAACACCUGGUCCUGAAGGACAAUUCCUUCAAGGCUCUUUCGGAGUCAAUGGUGUCUUGGAACGAGUUGAGGUCGCUGGAGAUGACCGACAACCCUAUAGUUUGCGACUGCCAUUUGCUCUGGUUGAGCAAUUUAAUCUCGAUGAAGAACUUGAGCAACGUUCAGUGUUCGAUGCCUUUGGCGCUGCGCGAGCGCCCGCUGCGGACUCUGAGUCCGGACGACUUGGGGUGUUCGUUUCGAGACCCCCGGCAGCAGGCCAUCCUGGUGACGUUGUGCGUGAGUGCGGUGGUGCUGUUGGGGGGCCUGGGGCUGUUCCUGUUCCGGUACCGGCAGCGCGUGCGCGAGGCCCUGAAGGACUACAAGUGGAACAAGCGGGCCAUCAGCCGGAAGGAGCACGAGUACCAGAAGACCUUCUCCGACGAUGACUACAUCGUGCGCUCGGCCCAGCAGGGCAUCAAGCCGAUCCCGGUGACGGAGUUGUAGCUAGAGCUGAGCGCGCCGCCCUCUGGGGUCUUCUGUUUGGACGGCGAGGGCAGGCGUGCGAGGGCCCCCCGGGGGCCGGGGGGCACUCUCCCCGUCACGGGCUUCACCUACAUCACCGGCGAUUCGUGCAGAGCGCACUCGCUGAGGGCGCUCAACGCGGACAGGAACGGAUUUCCGCGCUGUCACAGAGACGUCUACCAGCAUUAGCCGGGACGUGGGCUACACUUUGCAGCAAUAAAUGAAUCCAUUCCAAAAUGUGAUUAAAUAGACUGUAUAGUAGGGCUAAGUAUAUUUUUCUCGAUGUCUGACGUUCUAGGCCUGUGCGAGCAGGAGGACUUUUAGAGUGACAUACAAAUCAAUUAAGGGUUGCGUACCGAUUGUCGUGUUCAAUAUUUGUAUGUCUAUCCAUUACAUUAUGCAUUAUCCCAGUGUCUGGACACUGAACUAUGAUGAUACGAACAGAGUGAUGUUUAUCAUAUUUGUAAGAAAAGAUGUGAUAUUUGAUGACUGCAAACGUUUAGAUGCCAGUUAGGUGUACAUAGGGGACUUGGUGGUAGUUAUUUUUGUUUCAAGCGUUUUCUGAUUGUGUUCAAGUCACUUCUCGAUUGGGUUUAGAUGUUGCGGUCAUAAAUACCACUUCCAAUAAGAGAUUUGAUAUUUUCAAUAUACUUGAAAAUAUUUAAGUCGGUGUACAUACAUGUAACAUGCAAUAUUUCUAUAUAUUUUGUAUAUAUUCUAAAUUUUAGACUGUAGAAGAGUAUUUAUUAAUUUUUUAUUGUGUGAUCGACUAUACAGAUAAGAAAUAUUGCAUUCCAAGAGCUGAGUGAUUGUGACCGUUUACGCCAAUAGGAUUUCUUUCCAACACGUUCCCAAACGUAACAUUUCCCGUUUUUUUCUCAAGUGGUCUAGUGCUGAACACAAUUGAUGAACUAGUCAUAGUUAAAUUAUUAUACCUAGAAAGAGUGAAUGUUUUUGUAAUUUUUGUGUGUAAAAACAAAGUGCAUUUUAUAUUGUAAAUAAACAUAGUGUUUUGUACAUAUGACUUUAACCUUAACUAUCAAUAUUUACAAUAAAUAAACUAUUUCAGAUCUUUA